UUUUUCUUAAAAGAAUGGGGCAAUGAGCUAUCCCAAGAAAGAGGAUAACCUUCCGUUGCCUCUAGUUGUUCCAUCGCCUGUCGCCUUCUGCCACUUCUCUCCAUACGUCGUCUGUUGCUGCUCUUCGUCCAGGCACCGUUUCGCUGCAGAAGUCUCGGUUCAGCGAGAACGAGAAACGGCUAACGAGUUGCGAAUUAAACGAGUCCGGGCGGCCGGCGAAGCUGAGAAGAAGGUUAUAGCUAUAGCGGUCGGCGGUCUCAAUUGCUCAAUCGCUCAAAUCUGAAAUCUCAACUCCUCCAGCUUCAAUACGACAAUACCACAACUCCCAAGAAUCAAGUGAGUUAAGGUCAAGUAAUUAAGGUAAAACAACUCUAUGCUGGUGUAGGGGAAGGAAGCCUGACUGGAGCGGACUAAGCUUUGCAAAUCAGCUAGCCAAGGUAGACGUUCCCGUAAAGCUCCUGAUUAGUAGACUUUGGAGUGGAAUAUAGCAUGAAUGAGGUUGAUAUGAUUUUUGUAGUAGCAGAUUGAGUGGUUGAAACUUGAAAGUGGAGCUCUUCCACCCAUCUGCUGUCUCAUCUUCACAACUCCUCGGCAAGCAUCAGAAGUCGGCAAUUCGACAGAGGUCAAUGUUGUGUGCUGUAUACCCUCCUACAUGUUGCAAAAUAACCUACCCCAGACAUCCCAUUUUUUAUCCAAGGAAUUUAGCUCAAGUGAGGAUGCGAGCAUCACUGGCUUCACCGCUAGAGCCAAAUCAAAUCAAGGUUGAGUACACACCCUGGUUGAUUGUGGGGUUGGGUAACCCUGGUAGCAAAUACCAUGGAACACGUCACAAUGUUGGUUUCGAAAUGAUUGAUCAGAUUUCUCAAGAAGAAGGCAUUUUGUUGAACACACUGCAAUCGAAGGCAUUGAUAGGAAUUGGUUCGAUUGGAGAGGUGCCCAUCAUAUUAGCCAAACCUCAGACUUACAUGAAUUUUAGUGGAGAAUCGGUUGGACCACUAGCUACAUUUUAUCAAGUGCCAUUGCGGCAUAUCAUACUGGUUCAUGAUGAGUUGAGUUUACCAAAUGGGGUACUGAGGCUUAAGCCUAAACGUGGUCAUGGCCUUCACAAUGGGGUGAAAAGUGUAAUGGAGCAUCUGGAUGGUUGCCAUCAAUUCCCACGACUUUGCAUUGGGAUCGGGAACCCUCCAGGAAAAAUGGAUAUGAAGGCGUUUUUACUGCAGAAAUUUAGUGAAACGGAACGGGAACAGGUGAACACUGCACUGAGUGAAGGGGUUCAGGCAGUGAGAUUACUAGUGCUGGAAGGAAAUGGUAGCAAAUUAAGCAGAUUUAACGUAGGGCAGAAAUUUAAGUAUCACAAAGUUUGAUGCAUUGUAAUGUGUCUGCUGCCAUCAUCUUUGGAGCAAGAAGCCUGAGUUAUUCCAUCAUGGAUUAUGGCUUCAAUUUUUUUAAUGUGUCAAACAAUAAUUUGUAUUUAUUUAGAGUUCGUUUGGCUUCAAUUUUUUUAAUGUGUCAAACAAUAAUUUGUAUUUAUUUAGAGUUCAUUUGGUAAUAUUGAAAUUGGUUGAAUCAGCUGAGAGGUUGACGAAGUUAUUAUUGAAGCGAUUGAGUCUGUUGA